AUGUCACGGUCGCAGGUACCGCUUAUAGAGGGCGACACGAGGGGCGAUGCGGAGUCAUGGCGCGAAGAGACAGCAUAUCUACCAUCUUUCUACUCUCCACAUUCACGGCCAGUCGAAGAAGCGCGGGACGACCAUGGUGAUGCCCUCACCUCAAGCCCCCGAAUGGGUCCGGGUUGCGACGACUUAUCCCUACCGCCUCCCUCGAACCACUCAAAUCACCCACGCUCGAACUCGAUUCCCGUCCCGGCCCCCGUGUCGGCCUGCUCGGAUCCGGCCCAAGCGCUCCCGCCGCCGUCGCUCGUCUCACCAGCGUUCACUCCCCCAUCCACCCCGGGCGCCAGCGAGAUGCCCGGGAUAGUACCGGUUGACUCUUCCGUGCCGUCGGGCGGCUGCGGCACCAAAAAGCCACGCCUUCUCGAGACCCUGCCCGAAGUACAUUGCAUCGUGCGGGCGCGGAUACCAACCGUCGCUGGGACGGAGAUGUUUCUACAUCUCUACACCAACAACGUGGAUAGUAAAGAGCACCUGGCUAUCGUGUUUGGGACGCACAUCAGGAGCACCUCACUAGAUGCGCCGAGGGAAGGGGAGACCGAGAUGGACCGGAUGGUUCGAGGCGCAUACACGGGGCGGUUGUACCCUGGUAGAGCCAAGAGUGGUAUGAUGGAUAACACGGGCGCCGGGGGUUCUGCUCAUAACUCCACCGGCUCGCCGCUCGUGCGGAUACAUUCAGAGUGCUACACAGGCGAGACAGCGUGGUCUGCGCGGUGCGAUUGUGGCGAGCAGUUGGACGAGGCAGCAAGGCUGAUGUCACUCCCCAGCGCUACAGAUGGCGGCAUCAUCAUCUACCUGCGGCAGGAGGGCCGAGGCAUUGGGCUGGGCGAGAAGCUGAAGGCGUAUAACCUACAAGAUCUAGGAUCGGACACGGUCGAGGCCAAUCUACUGCUACGACAUCCGGCCGAUGCCCGGAGUUACGGACUUGCCACGGCCAUGUUGCUGGACCUCGGACAAGACCAUGUCAGGCUGUUGACGAACAAUCCCGACAAGAUCAGAGCAGUCGAAGGACCUAAUCGCGAAGUCCGGGUGACGGAGCGUGUAGCGAUGGUGCCGUUGAGCUGGAAAGGCAGGGGAGGGUUCAGCAGCCGGGAGGUGGAGGGAUAUCUCAAGACCAAGGUGAGCAUGAGCACCCUCAACCCUACGCAAAUCAUCACCCUUCUCCCACUGACGAGUCGUCGCGGCAACUGUUUAGAUUGA